AUGGGUAAACCAAAUUCUAUAAACACCUUUGACUUCAUGCUUAAGGGUCUAAGAAGGAAGUGGCAGGUUAAGGGGGGCUGGCAAUUAAUUGAUCUACCUAAUGAUUUCUUCAUUGUUAAAUUUAAUCUGGAGGAGGAUAUGAACUAUGUGCUUUGUAGUGGACCUUGGAUUUUGGCGGGGCGGACCUUCAUUGUCAGAAAAUGGAGGCCAGAUUUUGAUCCAGUGAAUGAGGUAAUUGGAAAAAUGGCAUUAUGGGUCAGAAUUUGUGGAUUUCCUGUGAAAUAUUUCAAGGACUACACUGUUGCUAAUAUUGGAAAAGUACUUGGAGAUGUUGUUAAGGUUGAUCAGGUCACUAUUGGUCAAGCCCGAGGGAAAUUUGCCAGAGUUUGUGUUGAAAUUGACCUUAGCAAGCCUCUUAGGCGUUUUGUGGAAGUUGAGUCUGUAGCUUACAGUGUUAUCUAUGAGGGCAUCUCACUGAUUUGUUUCGAAUGUGGUUGCUAUGGCCAUGCUAAAGAUAAGUGCCCCACUAUUGCUACUGAUCCUCCUGUACCCACUUGUUAA